AUGGUGGGCAACGCAGAAGCGUCGUCUUCGGGCGACGGUAGCAAGCCUACUUCGGGCUCGUUCAAGCACAUUGGCAACAAAAUGAAGCGUACAGAGCUCUACCGAAAGUACAAGGCGGAUAAGCGCAAAACAAAGCUCGCCAAGAGAUCAGCACAAGCCAAAGAGGAGCGUGGCGAAGACGGUGCAGCCAAGAAAGCGGCCCGACUCGCCGCUAACAAGACGAGGACGAUCGAAAACACACGUGAUUUCAACCCGACCAUCAUCAACGGACCCAACACCCACGAAGGUCCAGCCUACAUGAACAAAACCGGUCAAGAUGGCGCUGAAGGAGGAAGCGAUGACGGAGAGCAAAAGUCAGAGCAGCAAGCGGAGGCGGACGAACAGGAAGCAGCUGAAGAGAUUGACGAUGAUGAAGAUCCAAGUGCACCACCAGCCAUUCUGAUCACCACAUCCAUGCCGUCUUCGUCGACAUCGCCGCAUCUGGAAUCGCUCAAUGCACGAUCGCAUCCCUCGGAGCGCACGCGCGAAUUCGUCGAUGAGCUGCUCUCCGUCUUCCCUGGAGCAGAGUACCGACCUCGAUCCAAAGCGCAAGGUGUCGGUCUCGGCAAGAUCUGCGGCUGGGCACGAGAACGUCGCUUCGGAGCUGUACUCGUCGUUGGCGAGUCCCGCAAAGAACCUUUUGCUCUCACUGUCAUCUCGCUGCCCCAUGGUCCCACGGCAUUCUUCCGCCUAUCCUCGAUCAGUACCGGCGACGAGAUCUACGGCAAAGCUCGCCCCACUCCCCACACACCAGAACUCAUCCUCAACAAUUUCACCACCGUUCUUGGCCAUCGCGUAGGAAAAGUGCUGCAGUGCUUAUUCCCCAAAAUCCCUCAGCUGGAAGGUAGACAGGUGGUAACAUGCCACAAUCAGCGCGACUACAUCUUCUUCAGGAGGCACAGGUACAUGUUCAAGAGCGAUUCAAAGACAGCGUUGCAGGAGAUUGGACCCAGAUUCACCCUGAAAUUGCAUAGCUUGAAGGAGAGCCUGCCCAAAGGAGCGGGCGUGUGGGACGGAAAGUAUACGGAAGAGUAUGCCGAGUUGGAAUCGGACGAGUUGGAGGUGUUGCAGAGGCAAGACGGACAAGAUGGACAAGGUGGACAAGAUGAGGACGGCCAAAUGGCAGCGUCAGCAGCGAUGGACGAGCAAAUUGUAGCGCUUGGAAGCGAGUCGACUAAGAUGAGACCAAAUACUGGUGCCGAUGCUUCGUCAUCUACAGGCAACAAGAAGCGACAACGCGGGGAGGAGGAGACCGUCGGAUUGGACUUCCAGUGGAAGCCAAAGAUGAGCGUCUCACGCCGCAACUUUUACCUCUGA